UAUGCAAUGCAAACCGAUCUAUAUGGACAAAGACAAAAUGACAGCCACAUUUGAGGACUCCGCCAAAAAUAGUGAAAUUAAAGUCAAAGUUGAAGAAUCCAAAAGAGCUGAAGUUAAAGAAAAAAUUGAAGAACCCAAAACACCCGAAUUUAAAGUAAAAAUCGAAGAAUUCAAAACACCUGAAUUUAAAUUAAAAGUCGAAGAACCCAAAACACCUGAAGUUAAAAUAAAAUUCGAAAAACUCGAAAGAGCUGUAGUUAAUCGAAUCAAAAUUUCAACUCCCGAUGGAAUUGAGGUUCAGCUAAGAAGAGAUCUGAGAACAGAAAGGAAAAGAGAAUAUAACAUGUCCCGCAAUCACAAGGACAAGUAUGAGAACUCCAACACGCGUCGUAUGUAUACACUCAUGUGCCCUGAGGACUAUCAAUCGGGGAAGAAAUCUCAUUGGUCGGAGUUGGAGAUAACAGGCAGUAUAAGGAAUUUGAGCUCCAAUUUAUGGCAAAUGACUCAUCUAACAGCUCUGUACAUGAACGACAACAGUCUGCAGAGGUUGCCAUCUGAGAUUGGUCGUCUUGUCAACUUGCGCGUUCUAGAUCUCAGUAGCAACAAGCUGCGCAGUCUGCCUGCUGAACUGGGGGAGCUCAUUUAUCUCAGGGAGUUGUUAUUGAACCAAAACUUCCUUCGCGUGUUACCGUACGAACUAGGGAAGUUGUUCCAGUUACAAGUGCUCGGACUUCAAGGAAAUCCACUCAGCAAGGACGUGCUGGCGUUGUACGGGAAUGGAGAGCCUGCGGGGACGAACAAGCUGCUGACGUACAUGUUGGACAACUUACAAGUUACGGCCAAUCAUCCGCCCCAGAGACCGUGGAUUCCAUUGACGAGGCCCAAUAGGACGAGACCAACAUGUAUAUUCACGGUGAUGUGCUACAACGUGCUGUGCGCCAAGUACGCGACGCGGCAGAUGUACGGCUACUGCCCGAGCUGGGCGCUGGACUGGGAGUACCGGAAGAAGGGUAUCCUCGACGAGAUACGGCACUACGCCGCGGACAUCAUCAGCCUGCAGGAGGUCCAGACGGACCAAUUCUACAACUUCUUCCUGCCGGAGCUCAAGCACGACGGCUACGACGGCAUAUUCUCACCCAAGUCCCGCGCGAAGACGAUGGCGGAGAACGACCGCAAGUACGUCGACGGUUGCGCCAUUUUUUACAGGACCGCCAAAUUUUCUUUGAUAAAGGAGCAUUUAGUUGAAUUCAAUCAAUUGGCAAUGGCGAACGCAGAGGGUUCGGACAACAUGUUAAAUCGUGUUAUGCCCAAAGAUAACAUCGGACUGGCAGCAUUACUUAGGACUAAGGAAGCCGCUUGGGAUAACGGUGUUCCAUCUGACCCGGCACAAGUGCAACAACCAAUUUUAGUUUGUACGGCGCACAUCCAUUGGGAUCCUGAAUUCUGCGAUGUAAAACUAAUACAGACGAUGAUGCUGAGCAAUGAAUUACGUUCCAUUUUGGACCAAGCUGGCCAGUCGUUCAGACCCGGCCACAAGCCUGACUCUUCCAACGUUCAACUGCUGCUUUGUGGCGACUUUAAUUCUUUACCUGAUUCUGGUGUGAUUGAGUUUCUUACAUCUGGACGUGUGGCGGCUGAUCAUCGUGAUUUUAAGGAUUUAGCAUAUAAAUCGUGUUUACAAAAGAUCUCUGGCUGCGAUAAACCCAACGAAUUCACGCAUUCUUUCAAGCUUGCAUCCGCCUAUAGCGAGGACAUUAUGCCCUACACCAACUACACAUUCGAAUUUAAAGGCAUAAUAGAUUACAUUUUCUAUUCGAAACAAAGUAUGGUGCCGCUGGGCCUUCUGGGCCCGUUGAGCCCAGAAUGGUUUAAAGAGCAUAAAGUGGUAGGAUGUCCUCAUCCCCAUGUUCCAUCGGAUCAUUUUCCUCUGUUAGUGGAAUUAGAGAUGACACCGACAGUAGGAACAAGCAACGGUUUGAUCUCACGCAGGUAGCAGCCGCUGCGAUCUAGGCCCAAGUAACCAUAAGAAGACAAGGAAUCAGUAAUGAAGAUAAAAAAAAAGGAAAAAAAAAAGGAUUUGCAUCACUUCUUCUCUACUUCUGGCUCUAGCAAUAUCACUCGCAUUACUCUUACUACAAUAGCGAAUAUGUUACACACACACACAAAUACUCCAUACAUUGCCGCACAUUCAACCAACAGCGAUCGCUGUCGACGAGAUACCGACGAACACAAUUCUAACGACCAGGUGAAGGGAGCCGUGUUGUAAUGCGUUUAGCUAGCCCAUGUAUAGUGUAUUGCAUUUUUAAGAGCUAUCUUACUCCCACGCCUAAAGAUUAUUGUAACCUCUCUAUUUACCAUCAUAAUAUGUGUAGAUACCUAUUUUCCUACAAAAAAAAAAGUGAAGAAAAUGAAAACGACGAUAUUCCGAUCAAGAAGCCUCUGUGAUAUCGACAUUUAACACAAUUGGAACAAAUUCACACAUUUAUUAGUAAAUGAAACUAGUAGUGGUGUACUAGAGAGAGAGGAAGAGAGAGAGAGAGAGAGAGAGAGACACAUACCUUUAAAUGGAACCUCCCUUCGCCCCUUCCUAAAUGUCAUUACAACAUUCUCCAAGCCAACCUUUUGAUAAGAAUGCUGCCAUCCACACAAUGAGAAAAAAAAA